CCGCAUCAAAGCAACGGGUCUCUCUCUCUCUCUCUCUCUCCAUCGCCUCUCCGUUCCCUUUGACAGGUUUGCAUAGUUGAAGAUGCUUUCCAUUUCAGGAAUUCAUAGUGGCCAUUUUCCUCAGCCUUUGUUUUGAUUUUUUUUUUUUUUUUUUCAUCAGAGCGAUAUGCUCCAACGUGUUGGUGUCUGAGGGAGAUUUUCCAAGCUUUGAGCGUCGUGUUUGGACGUCAACAAGCCCUGACUGUAGAGAUUUUCGGCUCUCAAUGGAAGACAUCUUCCCCCUCGCUGCGAGCGAAGGAGUGAAGCACAUUUCUCAUCUGCCUCCUGUCUUUCCGCAUCUACGUGCGAGGGACUUUUUGAAACCAAGAUUUAAAAAAUAGCCUUCAUAAAGCAGCAGCAGCUCAUUGGGGGGAAACAAAAACUGUGGGCCCUUAAGCGCCGGGGACUGUACACUAUCAAGACGGAAUCGUUUUCACGCCCAGGACAGCUCGUGUUGGCGGUGUGGAAACCAAGCAGAAGGUCUGUAGGCGUUUUCACAUUUUGACCGCAUUUGCCCAGCAGCAAGAAGGGUCAAGGUGUGAUUUAAGCCUAUGGAUUCCACAAGAAGAGCCAAUUAAUCAGAAGGUUUAUCGUCCUCAAAAAGUGAGAGGCUCUAAAAGCUCUUUGUCUUCCACCACCACCCUUCUUCCGUCCCACCGCUAACCCUAACACCGGCACCAUGGGUACAGUGUUGUCACUGUCUCCCAGUUACCGCAAGGCCGUGCUGUUUGAAGACGGCCCGGCCACGGUAGGCCAUUACACAGCGGUCCAGAACAGCAAGAACGCUAAGGACGCUGCCACAGCGGCUGGUAAGUCCCUCAAACGCCCCUCUAUCAUAAAUGUGUUACCAUGGAAACGCAUUGUGGCUGUAUCAGCGAAGAGGAAGGGCUCCAAGAAGCUGCAGUCGGACGUUGGGGAUGGCGGGAAAGGGAGUUCUCCAGAAGGCCACGCCACUGCCACUGCCACAGCUAACUCCAACUCCAAUAGCAUUAAACUGAAGAAGUCUCAGUCCUGCGCUAACCUUUCAUCUUACACAAGUCAGGAUCCCUCAGCCACCACCACCACUACCUCCUCCCACCUGCCCACCUCCAAGACCCUUGCCAACGUAGUCACUGUCGCUGCCAAAAAGAAUUCCCUCACAGGCAAUGGGAUCCAACCAUCGACUGCAGCAGGCACUCCAAAACGUGUCAUUGUCCAGGCUUCAACCAGCGAACUGAUGCGCAGCCUGGGUGAGUUCCUGUGCCGUCGGUGUUACCGCUUGAAGCGUCUCUCCCCGACUGACCCGGUGCUGUGGCUGCGCAGCGUGGACCGCUCCCUCCUCCUACAGGGCUGGCAGGACCAGGGUUUCAUCACUCCGGCCAACGUAGUCUUCCUCUACAUGCUGUGCCGCGACGUGGUAUCAUCCGAGGUGGCGUCAGAGCGCGAGCUGCAAGCCUCGCUGCUCACCUGCCUCUACCUGUCCUACUCUUACAUGGGGAAUGAGAUCUCCUACCCGCUGAAGCCCUUCCUGGUGGAGGCAGAGAAGGAGGCCUUCUGGGACCGCUGCCUGGAGAUCAUCAACCGCAUGAGCGGCAAGAUGCUGCAGAUCAACACCGACCCGCACUACUUCACCCAGGUGUUUGCCGACCUGAAGAACGAGAGCAAGAAAGAGGAGGAGAAAACCAAACUCCUCAUAGGCCUUGACCGAUAAGAGGGAGCUGGGAGGAGGGUAGGGAAGGAGGAAGGAUAGAAAUAUUGACAAAGUAAAGGUUGAGGACGCAUCAAUGUAAAGCGGUGUAGCGAUCUGUUGGAGCAGUAAUGUUGUCUGGCAUCUCUACUGGUUUAUCAUGGACUAUAUUUUAGGUUAACCAAGAGAGUUUCUCGCAUUAAACACAGCGUUUAAAUAAUUUAAUUCAAAUAAUGAGCCACAUAAACACUUGCCUGAAGGCAGCAGCUGGCCAACAGGUCACUUUAACUGCAAGAAAGCAGAUUAAAUCAGGGGUAUUGUUGCAUUAUUUGACAUAAUUGGAUCUGAUUAGAUUCCCAAGACUUUCAGGCCACUUGUUGGUAUCCAACGCCUAGGUCACUUGGCUCAGGAUGUCACCAUAAUAAGCUUUAAGGAAGAGAUAUGUUCAAUGUUUUUUUUUUUUUUUUCACAACACAGACGAGUUAGCCAUGUUCAAUCACUUGCCGUGCUCCCAGGCUAGAGGGUGUGACAACAAAAGGCUGAGUUAGAGCAAUAGUCAAUUUAUCGUUUCUCUCAGAUUUGAGACACACAAUGGGGUAAGAAAUGCCAGACAACACAGAUUUACGAAUAAAUAGCAAGUUUUAUAAUUGUAGUGACACAUGGAAAUGAUAAGAUGCUAUUAUGUGUUUCUACAUUUCUACUUUUAGGAAAUGGUGAGGGUAAAGAAAAAAAACAAGAAGCACCUUGCAUGAGCUCACUUCAUAUGUCCUUGCACAUGAUUAUCUGCUUAUUGCCAACUCCACUUUCCCUUAUUCCCAUUGUCCUGCCCAGAAUUAUUGCACUUAGCGACGCUGGCCCACUGUUGGAAGAAUAAAUAAUAACACAGUAAAGAUGGAUGAGCAAGAAUAAACCACAGCACAUCUAGCCUAUAACUUGUAGAACUGUGAAUUUUUAGUCUCUAGUUGGCAAAUUUGUUCUUCUCGUUAUUUCCCCCCCGAAUAAGACCUAAUAACUUUACCAUUAAGGGCAAACUGGUAGUUGCAAAUCUGCUAUGAAUGAAGAGAUCAGCUGUUAAUUUGUAAAAGUAUGAAAUGCUAAUCUCCGGGCACAGAUUAAGAAUCAUAUAGAAAGCCCUUCUGUAAACUGUGUUUACAAAAACGUGGGAAAAUGCAAUACUGAACCCACAUAUUAAACAUGGGGAAAUGUUCCGUUCCUCUUUCCCCUGCACUUUCUCAUGCUGUCCAUAUUGCUGCUUUCCUGAAUAACCCGAAAGAAAAGUUUUCUUUUAUGAAAAAAAGAAAGACUUCUGAACGCUACACUUAAUGCUGAAUGAUGGAUUGAGCUGAAUUGUGAAAGACGAUGGCGACACACAUCCGAAUGAAAGAAAAUGUGAAUAUAUUGCAGGUGUGUUGGAGGGCGGUAGACGCCUCGAGUAUUGUUGAGACUUUUCUUCCAAAACAAAGCUUUGAUGUUGCUGUCACCGCUCGGAUCGAGGGACUUCUUCUGCUCUUUGGAGUGUCGACCUCCCUCCUCUUUCAUCCUUCGUUUUCACACGCUCAGUACUCUUCACAGCAACCACUAAAAACUAAAACAACACAGGUACUCUCUGUGUCUUUCCAUCUGCUCCUCUGAACUGGCCUGCCCCCCCUCUGGUGCGGUCCAGUCCAAUCCAGUAGCCUCAUAUUUAAAGACUCUCUGGUCCGCUGACCUGACGGCAUACUUAUUCACUGAGUUGUUCGACAUGCAUGUGUGCUUCUUUAGGUUUCCUAGCAUGCUGCUUUUGUUUUGGGCACACCGUAACAUAUGUAACAGAAGAGACAGAGCGGUCGCCAUGUUGAGCUUGUCGCAAGCUAGACUCAGUGAUGUGUCAUCCAGACGGCUCGGCUCAAGGACUCCAUAACAAGGAAAGUGUGUGAGAAGCUUUGCUUUUUAAAACAUUUGUCAAGAGGAGUCCAAGCUUCAGAAUUUCUUGUAUUUUUGGAUACAUGGUGCUCAGAGGCCUAACUCCAAGAUUGAUCCCCAGUUCAGAAACCUUUUCCAGCUUAAGCAGACACAAAAAUCAAUGGCUUUGUUCUUCUCCUUAGGGGGCAUAUCAAAGAUUCAGUAUCAAGUCCAAAAAGUUGUGGGCUUCACUUAAAAGCAGGAAGUAUGGGUCAGUCUUUAAGUGUGCUGUGUCCUACAUUUCCCAUGAUCAAAAAGAUAGCAUAUACACUCUUCUUCAGUUUGUAGCAUGAACUUUCUGUUCAUUUUAAAUCUGGGGCUUCAUAGCGAUGAACUUGGGAACUUUGUAAAGCUCCCUCCUGAUCCAGUGAAGACGUUAUUCAGCUGAACUGCAUGUCUAAAACCAGUGGAGUGUCUCAAGAGACACCUUGCCUUGAUGUCACAUCACUAAGUCUAACUGUAGCCAAUAAACUGUCUGCAAUUUUUUUUUUUGAAAAGCUCUGCCACCUUCAACCAGGCCGAGAUCUUGUGCCAAAUCAUUCUGAAGACUCAUUAUUUCAUACAAAAAAAAAGAAACCACGAAGACAAACCAAACACUAAGAAACAUGAGCCAACUCAAAGUCUCGGACUGAUGAACAAGAAAGACUUUAAAGGAAUCAGGACUACAUUUUUUUUUCAUAAUAUGUCAUGAUUCAGACAAGAAAAGAAGGACUUUGUUUAGGUCGCAAUGAUGUUGAGUGGAAAUGGAACGCUUGUGAUUUAAAUACACAGGGAAGUUAUUAUGAGUCACUUUGCAAAAUGAACGCCAAAACUGGAGUCAACCGAAGCUUAAGCAGCUGACAUCGUUUUAAAAUUUCUGAAAUAUACAGUAUAUAUUCGGCCUGAUCUGUGAUAUGAUAAAAGGCUAAAAAAUGUACAAUUCUGUUUGUGAAAGAAAUCCUCCAGGCUUGGAUUUUUAACACAAAAUGUCAACACUGCCUCCAGACUUGGUAUCUCCACGAUGCAGGUGAUGAUGUUUUUAACUUUGGAUGUGUUGUGUGUUCAGAUGUGAACUGAUUGGGCUGCACUUGGUACCAUGCUGUAAAAUAAUGUAGCCUUGAUGCAGAGUCAGACCUCACGAGACAAAUAUGCACAUGAAGACUGAAUCCAUGGCAAACAAGCUUGUUUACACAACCUUCCUCCUAGCUGUUUCUGAUGGGUUGAACAGUACACAAGUAGCAUUUGUCUGAACGGCAUUCCCCCCCAAAAUGACUGUUGAGUCAUAACUUUUUAUUAAUUUGUUCCUUUUGAAUCUCCAGACUGCGAGUAGAAGUUUAGGCCAGAGUUGAAUGACAGCAGGUUAAGGAUCAAAGGUAAAUAACACAAACUGAAUUUUAAAAAAAAGGUUGUAGUUAUACUUUGGGAUUUUAUAAAACACAGUGAUUUGACUAUCAACUAAAUUUAGAGGAGGAAUGAUGACACUUUGACCUGAAGAGGAUCAUUUGUGGCAAAUCUAAAGGUUUCACUGAUCAUUUGCUAAGCCCUGCAACCUUUUGUAACUUAUCUUAAACACUUUGUUCCUGCACAGCUCAUGAGUUAAAAAAAACAAAAGUCAGAAUUGUGUUUAAUGAAGCAGAGGGUCUACAACUUUAACAACAACAACAUUAAGUUACUUUUAGCCAGUAGUAACUUGGUUAAAAAUGCUGUUUAUUUCUAAUUUUCCGGAGUUCCCACAUUUUUCAAAAGAUGUGAAAGACUUUUUAAUGUGAUAGAAACUAUAUUUAAAGACUGAGGCAAAAGUUAGCAUGGAUGUGCUCAUUGGCCCUGGAAUUAAAUUUUGGUUAUUACAAAUGCAAGAUAGCUAGUUAGCAGGGGAUGCUAACAACUGAUGCUUCUAAAGACUAUAUUAACCCACUAUUUAACCCUUUAAUUAUACUUUUGCUCUUUUGAUUCUGGUUAAAAAAAUAAUAAUAAUUGUGAAAUUCCAAAUUCCUCUUUUUAAACGAUACUUUGAGGUGUAGAGAUAGCCUGAAUUUAUCAGGCUGGCUGUGCUUGAUUACAAUUCCUAAAGUGAUCUAAGGUCGGUUAGCAAAUGAUCAAUUCUACUUUUUAUACUUCAAAAUCAAAAACACAAUCCAAGAUAAGAAACACCCCCAACAGACUCAAACGUACUAUAUCAUGAUUAUUUAAAAACAUGUGGAUGUCAGAUUGUGAUAGAAGAGAGAAUAGAGGGUGUCCUGAAAUUGUAUUUUUUCUUCUAACCUCUUCUGUCUUACCAGCUGUGUAGAUAUAGUACAAUUACAAGGCACAAGGAAGCCUGAGAAGGAGGCAAAGAAAGGCAAGGACACGUCUGAAUGAACUUCUUUUCGAGAACUGGACGAACAACGCCACCCUCCUCUACACGAUCUCAUCAUUGAUCCACUCAUAAAUAUGUGCCAUAUUUUCUCUUGCAACACGUACAAGACAAAACUACAUGAAGCGUACUUAAAUGAUGAUGAAGUCAUUAUGCUUUCCUUCCUUUACAUUUGUGAAACAUAUUGUAUAAAGGAGAAUCUUUGUUGAUCAAAAGUCAAGGCUACUAGUGUUACUAUAGAGUGCUGAUGCUGCAGUCUGUUACUACGUGGAUGUAUGAAUAUUUAUGUGAGAAACAAGAAUAAUUUGAUCAACUGUUACAGGUACUUUAUAUUAAAAAAAAAAAACAUUUACAAG